CUGGGUGUGUGUCGGAUAGCCUUGCAAAGUGUUAGCCGCGGAACAUGGAUUCAAGCAGGAAGGAAGAGUUUGUUGGCCAGGAGAUGCUAGCGCACGCAUCUGAGCACACAAACGAGGUAGACGCGUGGGGCUUCAGCCCAAAGAUCAGGAGAGUCAGCGAGUUGCCGGACGCUACUGACCUCAACAGCCUGCCAGCGAAAGGUUCCGGGUGCGACAGAGACGCCGAGGAAUAUAACAUGUGUCAUCCAAGGCGCGGCGUCGCGCUUAUCUUCAAUCACCAGAAGUUUGAUGGGAUGCCGUCCCGGUCUGGGACCGCCAGGGACUGCGAGAAUCUGUCCUUCCAGCUGAGGAACCUGGGGUUCGAGAUCCGAGUCUACAACGACCUCGCCUACACGGAGCUGUCUGCAAUGCUCAGAAAGACGGCAACUGAGGACCACAGUACGGCGGAUUGCCUGCUCGUGGUCGUGAUGUCACACGGUGAGGCCGGCUACCUGCAUACACGUGACACAAAGUAUCGGACGCAGGAACUGUGGUUACGUUUCACGGGAGACAAAUGCUCCACGCUGGUCGGCAAGCCCAAACUCUUCUUCAUACAGGCCUGUCGAGGGACCAAGGUGGACUCCGGCGUGGCGGUUGAUCAAGUAGACGGCUACGACCAGCCAUACGUCAUCCCUACGCAAGCCGACUUUCUCAUCGCUUACUCUACAAUGGAAGAUCACUACUCUUGGCGAAAUCCUCGUCAUGGCGCGUGGUUCAUCCAGGCACUGUGUGACGAGCUUCGCCUCCACGGCCUCACCCGUGACCUCUUGACCUUGCUGACCUUCGUGUGUCGGCGCGUGGCAAUUGACUUCCGCUCAAACGUUCCAGGCAACGAAGAAAUGGACCUCAAGAAACAAGUGCCCACCAUCACUUCCAUGCUAACCAGACUCGUAUACUUCGGCCAGAAGCAGUCCAAGUGACCGCCUUCACUCUCUGGAUGCUGGCAGCUGUCCGCGGAAGCCUGAGCUGCCCAGUUCAUGCCCCGGCGUGACCCAGUCUGAGGGGGACCCUGUCUCGCUUCAUAACGCCUGAAUAGGACUACUGGCAGACUAUAUUCACUCACAUCAGGACGGAUUAUUGUAACUAUGAAACCAAUUUAUGCAUACAGUGCGCCAACCAUUAACCAUCACAGGCUUCAACGUGAAGUAAACUCUGUAUUUUGAAACUGCACUACAACUGGGUCUUUGCUGUGACUUUUAAAAUAACAGCUAUCAUUUCUCUAAACAGGCGUAACCGAUUUAUUCUUAUAACGGAGGCGCACUUUGUUUUGUGAGAGGU